AAGGAGGGGUUAAGAUACCAAUGUGCUGAGCCAAUGGCUUUUCCACGGAGCAGCUGGCUGGCAUCAGGGCAGGACAGGCCACUCAGAAGGAAGGAUACCUUGAGGACAACUCUCACCCGCUAACUGUAGGACAUUAAAGGUGACUUCCAGGAGGUGUUCAUGGGAUGCACUAUCUACGCAGCCAGCCCUAAGGCCCUGCCAGCCGACGAGGCCUCAGGCCAGGACAGAUACUAUCCGCUCCCCCACUACCGCCACCCUCAUGGUAACUGCAGUCAGAGGAUAGCAGCCAGCAGAGCCAGUGAACACGGCGAUCAAGCAGAGAGGUUACCCGCUGUUAACACAGAGCUGUGUGUUUGUGUAUCCAGGGCCAGGAGCAUGACUGAGCAGCAGGAGCAGAGCGAAGAAACAGGCCUGCUUUCAACGCAGGACCUGGACCCCUCCAAGGACGACGACACACACGGCCACUUCAGGUUUCAGCUGAUUGAGGAUCUGUCCUAUGAAGAUGUGAAGAAGUGUUACAGGGGCUCGUGUGUGUCUUGCAGCAGCUUGCUCCAGGCCUUGGAUGUUCGCGAGUGUGUGUGUGAGUAUGGUGCCAACGUGCUGAGCCUGGUGCAGAACUCGCGUCCUUUGAGGGAGAGGGUGGCGUCUGCGCCAAGCGGAGCCGGAGUGGCCGGUGGCGGCGGUGGUUCUGGUGCUGUACAGGCAGGCCGGUCCGCCAAGGAGCUGCUCAUGACUCUGCCCUGUCCCUCUGCACAGACUGUCAGCAAGUACAACUCGCAGUACCACAAACUGUUCCAGUGCGUGCCCAAGGAUGAGAUCCUCAUGAAAGUGUACUCCUGUGCUCUUCUCAGAGACAUCCUUCUACAAGGCCGGCUCUACAUUUCCCGAAACUGGCUGUGUUUCUAUGCCAACCUCUUCGGCAAGGACAUCAAGGUGGCUAUCCCUGUUGUUUCCGUGAGGCUGGUGAAGAAGCACAAAACAGCAGGCCUUGUACCCAAUGGCUUGGCUAUCACCACAGACACCGGCCAGAAGUAUGUAUUUGUAUCUCUGCUAUCAAGAGACAGUGUAUAUGAUGUCCUCCGCAGGAUCUGCACACACCUACAGGUCAAUGGGAAGAGUCUGAGCUUGAAGCAGUUCAUGGAGGAGCCGAUCCUAUCGCUGGAUGAGUUCCCAGCUCCAGAUGAGUUCCCAGUGGAAGAUGAAUUCCCAUCAGUGUUAAAGUGGAGAAGGAAACCCUCAGUCGUGUCUGUGUCCUCCUCCCUCCCCGACCUCCUGGGGAACUCAACCAGCAGCCUGAGUGCCGCGGACGCACCCUUCAAAUCAGAACAGCCACUGGAAGAGCGAGCUCUGCAGACAGACAGAGGUCUUUUAUCUGAGCCAGUGGCAGAGUUGGGCCAGAUGGAGUACCAGCUGCUCAAGUUCUUCACCCUGCUUAUUAUUCUCCUCAUCUUGUCAUCGUGCUACUUGGCCUUUCGUGUGUGCAGUCUGGAGCAGCAGUUGUCUUUCCUCAGUAACCCAAAUCUGCCCCUGAGAGAGAGAUAACCACUGCUCUCCGCUGUGACCCUUCAGACUGGCUGCUGUUUGCUCUCCUCCUGCUUGGAGCUGACAAUGCCCUUCUACACAGAUCCAGGACCAGCUCAGAGCCCAGAACAGACCAAACUCCCUCCCCACCAGCUGCACCACUCAGAGGCGCAACAACAACCCGACUCUGGGCAUCUUACGGACCUUCCCAGCGGGGAAUGAGUUCCCAAUCAGUGAUCACUUCCAGACUAUGCAAACAGACUGUCUAUUUUUCCUGACUAUAAAGUAGGUUUUACUUUAGAUUAGGGCUGUCUGCCGUCCGGUCCCUCUCACCGACAUUUCAUCUUUGACCGGAUGACACCUCAGUGUAAAGAGAUCCUGAAAUAGUGAGUAGAUUACAGGUGAACCUGCUGUUAGUGGCACUGAUCGUUUUUAGAAGUGGUGAUGGAUAAGAGAUAAUUCAAUAACACAUAAAUUACUUGAAAAGACUGCUAGUGAAGGUAUCAGGUGCAUUAUGGGUGUAUCACGCACACCAUAUUGUGACUGACAAAAAAACUGGACCGAACCAGAUGUAUUCUUCUCAUUUAACCUCAUUUCAAAGGAUAAAACUAGUUUCCACUAUGCACUUUUUUAGUAAAAGCCCACAUUUUUUCA